AUACUGGCGCAUGCGCGGUAAUUUUGUGAUUCGACAAAUCCGGCAGGCGAGACAGUGUUUCUAAUCUAACCUUUUUAUUCAAACCUAGAUCGAGUAUUUACAGUUGUGUUUCAUUUGCAAUCUGCUCGUUGGCGUUAUGUAGGAAUGUCCGUCUGUCCGUUUUGAAGUCACACUUCAGUUAACUUCAUUUUAUGCAAGUCCGUAUGUACCCUAAUUAUCGCUAGAAUUUGUUGUGGCUGGGUCUAUGCUGAACGCCUUCAGAGAAGCUUUGAGAGUGUCCCUGAAGCGCUUUCUUUGACCACCUUGCGAGCGCUUUCUUUCGCUUGGUUGGCCAUAGAAGAGUCAUUUAGGGAUGCGGCAGUCUUCCAUUCUGCUGACGUGACCUGCCCAUCGCAUCUGAGACUGCAUCAGGGUUGUGUGAAUGCUUUGCAGACCCGCUCUUCGAAGGACUUCAAUAUCUGAUAAUGCUACAGGCUAGACAACUCUCUCAACAUGGCCACAGCAAAUCCUCCAGGUACUGGCGUACUGUUUGACAUUAGUGAAAAGCUGCAGAAAUCACAGCCAGGGCCGAAGUGUGAUUAUGGCAGGCUUCAGCCCGUGGAACACGACUGCUCCUAUUGCGGCAGGAGCGCCUUUGGCAUGAAAUUCUGCACCAACUGCUUGGUGGCCAAGUACUGUGAUACAGAGUGCCAGGUGGGCCACUGGCCAGAACACAAGCAUCAUUGCCACAAGGAGACCAACAUAAAUCAGCUGUACAAAGAUGGUCGUAUGGUGGAGAUGGAGAUAGUCCCAGACACCCAGCUACCGGAAGCGUCUGCCAAUGGGGAUGCUACUCGAUGUACCAAGAAUGGUGACCACGACAACUUCAUUGCGGUGAAAGACUUCACCCUGGAGCACCUCCCAAAGGAGAUCAGGCACAAGUGUGUGGCUGAUUACGUACUGGCUGAAUCCAAGAUAACUGUCAAGGUCUUAGUCAAAUGGAUUAGCAAGAAUCGUCCGGACACAAGUACCUGGGCCGGACUAAGGGGAAAGACAAGUUUAAGGAACGCUUCUGGGAAGUUUGUGCUGGACAAUCCUCACUCUUUCCAGGUCAAGGACUGCCCCAUACCCCACUGUCACCGCAAAGAUGACCUUGGCCCCAAUCACAAAAUCAUCGAAGCAGACUUGAAAAUCUUCACCAACAAGCAUGUCCUGUACGACGAGGAUGAACUUAAUCGCACUGAGGUCGACUUCUUCUAUGACAGCAAGGACAAAGUUGGGCUGGUCAAAGAAUAUGCCACACAGCUGUUUUACACUAAACCGUCUUCAGAUAAAACAUUUUUCAAGGUGACCAUACAUGAUGAAGAACUGCUGCACAGACUAGAGCAGAUUGACAAUGAUAAGAGCGCAGCUUUCUGGAACUUGCCAUCCCAGGUUCUUAGAAAAAUGUCUGCUUUCGCUAUCGUGAUUUCCCAUCCUCAUGGCAUGCCCAAGAAAAUAAGCAUUGGCCAUGUUAUUCGUGUCAGCGAAGAAAAUCUCACAGAUGAAACAAUAGCCAACGCGAAAGAGGCUGCACUCCUGGAACGGACAUGGUUUGAAUCCCACAGUGAGGAGGACUAUCUUAAGUUUAUGGCUGGCCUCGGGCGCCUUAAUCUGCCAGUUUAUAAAAUCUGGUAUGACACCCCGACUUGCAAGGGAAGCUCAGGGUCCCCUGUUAUCUUUGGUGGAAGAAAAUGUAAAGACACAUGGGGGCCAUACAUGGCCUUACAUUCUGCCUGCGACAUUGACUCCAAGUUAAAUUAUUUCAAGAUAGUCAGAUUUAUUGAUUGAGUCAAUUGUGCUUCCAUUAGUUACUAAUACUCUUAAUGUUUUUUGAUUUUGAAGAAAAAAUGUGCCAUACAUAAGUCAUAAGGUAUUUCAGUAUUUAGUAUACUUUAGUAGAAUUGUAUUUAUAGAUUUAUUUCUAAAGCAUUGCUAACAGACAUGUAGAGCCAAACGGCUGUUCGAGAACAUGUAUACUGGUUGAUGUAUUUGUUUUUGUCUUUUUUUUCAGUUGACCUCCUUCACCAAUCGUAAACAAACAACAUUUAGUCACGUGAUUCUCUAUCUCUUCUAUACAAAUUACGAUCUAAUUUUAAUACACAGUGGCUGUCACGUGACAGUUUUUUUUUCUCUUUGUUUUAUCACUAUUAUCACGUGACUAAAUGUUGUUUGUUUACGAAUCGUGAAUGAGGUCCAUUGGUUUUUGUAUAGCCCCUCUUUCACGCAUGGGGGAGGGGUUGUAUCAGGGAGAGGGUUAUGUGCUGCUUUUAGGCGCUCAGCAAACAGAACUCAGCUCGAGUUGGGAUUUGAACCUGAUUGGGCUGAGGGGGGGGGGGCAAUAAGUUUUGCCACUCAGCCAUACAUCCUACGUGUGACGUAUAAUGCUGACUCCUUGAUGUACCUGUGUGUUUCACAAAUCCUAAGUCCGUCACCUUUCUCCAGAUCUGUUCCUUGUCAAUAAUCUCUUGUGCUUGGCGGUGCUAAGAUGAUAUUUUCCUUCCAAUACUCAAGGUCUUCUUUUACAAAUGUUAUCAAUGAUUGCGCCAACGAGGAAUAAUGAUACGGGUGCACUUUGAAUAUAAUGGUACUGGUGAAAUCAGGUUAUAAUGAUACUGGCGCACCUAGACUAUAAUGGUACUGGUGCACCUAGACUAUAAUGGUACUGGUGCACCUAGACUAUAAUGAUACUGGUGCACCUAGACUAUAAUGGUGCACCUAGACUAUAAUGGUACUGGCGCACAUAGGCUAUAAUGAUGCACCUAGACUAUAAUGGUGCACCUAGACUAUAAUGAUACUGGUGCUGUGAAUGUGAUUAUGUUGUAAACGUGUGUCUUGAGAUCACCCAUAAGUUAUUCCCCCCCCCCCUUUUGAGUACAUGUCCAGUGGUAUAGCUUAGUGAGUUGGUGUGUUUGUGGAUGAGGGUUAGAGACUUAGAAGGAGAGCGAGAGAGACAGGCCGGUUUUGUUAUUGCUGCAUAGAAACAUAAUGUGCAAUAAAGAAAUCCAUGUUCAAA